AUGUCUAUCAGCAAACCCUCGCAGCCACAUGGCAUAUUCCUCAUCAAUGAGCUACUUGAGAACAUUCUUCUACAUACAGAGAUGAGGACUCUUUUAACAUCUGCUCAGCGCGUAUCUCACAUUUGGAACACCACGAUCAGAACAUCAGUCAGACUCCAAGAGUCUCUCUUCUUUAGCCCCUCCAAAUUCGAGAUCUCGGAUCCCUCACAGCGCCUUCGCAAUCCACUCCUAGAAGACAUCCUCUGGGCUCAAUUCUUUCUCAAGCAACAACAAACCUCAGAGUCGAGAAUUGCCGAUGUAAGCAGAUUUCCGCUACGGGAACCGGAGCGUCGCAAGCUCAAGGUUUACCUGCGAAAAGACGCCAGUUGGCAACGAAUGUUGCUGCAACAACCACCGACCUCGUCAAUCGGAGUCCUUGAAAUCAUCAAAAGAUCAGACUCAGAAUUCACCAAGUUAUCUGUCAGCCCAAAUGACUUCCUGCGAAUGGGCCACAUCUUGACCCUCCUCGAAGGAGGCAGCACGCUAGUUCCAACCCGCAACAAAUGGGUACUAUGGAGCGGACGAUCCCGUAUCAGAAUGCCACUGAACUUUGAAUGCUGGACGCCCAAAUGGGUCUAUGAACCAUAUACCCUGCAGCCAGUCCAGGAAUGGAUACCGGAUAAUAUAGACUGGGAUAGUCUCCGGUUGGAGGUGGCAUCGGUGUAUUUGAAUGAUUUUGAUUGUGGUGUGGUCAUUGUAUCUGAACGGAGACAGAUGCUUUUCCAGGGCGAGGAUCGAGUUCACAAGGAGAGCAAACUUGAUCGUCGGCUAGAGAAAGCCUUUGGAGAAUGUCAGGUGGAGGUUGGAAGGAAGCAUAUAAAUCACUCUUGGGUUCCUAUCAAAGGUGUUGGCGCUGAUCGGCGAUGGGUCCUUAGACCAUGUUCUGCCACGCCUCUUGUUCCAAUGCUGAGUGCCUCACCUGAGAGUUCGGGUUCGUCUUCUGUUUCUUCAUUUUCAUUGUCUUUCUAG